GCCUUUAAAAGUGACACAAACCUCUUCUUCAAAGCCCCCUCUUACACCAAUUCCUCCCUUAUUCCACUUCUUUGUGUUUUGCUACAUGCUUCUUACUUUCUUUCUUUUCCCUAUCUCAUAAAUUUCCUAUACAUAAGUAGAUAUCAUAUAUAGAAGCAUUUGAUAUAUCCUUCUAUAUAACUUUUCCUUAUCUCGUAAAUUUCUUUUACAAAAAUAGAUAGAAGUAGCAUUUGAUUCCUUCUAUGAUGAAAGUGGGAUUUGAGGUGGUUCAUGCAAAUUAUAAUUCAAACAUGAUUCGUCCACACAUGCAUGAAACAUGGGAUGAUCACUACUCAAAUAACAUUACUACUUCCUUGCCAUUUUCAUCUCCAACAACCCCAUCAAACCCUUAUCCAAAGCCAGCAACAGAAAACAACCAUUGCCUCAACAUGGGGCAGAAUAAUGAACUCUGUGAUUGGAUGGAGGAACAAGUUAGCGACUUCACCAAACACCUUGUUGAAGACUUUCCAGAAACAACAACCACUUCUGAUAACUUGCUUUCUAAUAACCCAACAAGGGUUAACAUUGCUUCCCAUCACAACCUUAAUGUUCCCUCACUACUUUCACCCAAAUUCAGUCAAAGAAAACCCUCAUGUUUAUUUAGACCCCAGUUUGAGUCCUUCACCAAUAAUGACCCCCCAAACUUCAAUCUUCACAUUCAAACAAAUACCUCAACUUUAGAUCAAAGCCAACACAAUGUUGUUUAUGAUCAAGGGUUGAGCCUAAUAACCCUUCUAAUGGAGUGUGCAGUGGCAAUCUCAGUUGACAACCUAGGUGAGGCUCAUAGGAUGUUACUAGAGCUAACACAAGUGUCCUCACCCUACAAAGCAUCAUGUGCUGAACGUGUUGUUGCUUAUUUUGCGAAGGCCAUGACUAGCAGGGUGAUGAAUUCAUGGCUUGGAGUGUGUUCCCCUUUGGUUGAUCACAAAAGCAUAAACUCAUCAUUCCAAGUGUUCAACAACAUCUCCCCUUUCAUCAAAUUUGCUCACUUCACUUCGAACCAAGCAAUUCUAGAAGCAGUGAGCCAUUGUGACAGCAUCCACAUAAUUGACUUGGACAUCAUGCAAGGGCUUCAAUGGCCAGCUUUUUUCCACAUCUUAGCCACAAGAAUGGAGGGUAAACCACAGGUAACAAUGACAGGUUUUGGAGCCUCAAUGGAACUCCUUGUUGAAACAGGAAAACAGCUCACAAACUUUGCAAGAAGGCUUGGCAUGUCACUGAAAUUCCUCCCUAUUGCAACAAAGAUUGGUGAAGUAAUUGAUGUGUCCACGCUUCAUGUGAAGCCUGGUGAGGCAGUGGCAGUGCACUGGCUUCAGCAUUCACUGUAUGAUGCAACUGGACCUGAUUGGAAAACAUUGAGGCUCCUUGAGGAGUUGGAGCCAAGAAUCAUCACCUUGGUGGAGCAAGAUGUGAACCAUGGAGGAGGAGGGUCUUUCUUAGACCGUUUUGUUGCUUCCUUGCACUACUACUCCACCCUCUUUGAUUCCCUUGGAGCAUACUUGCACAAUGAUGAUGAAAACCGGCACCGUGUCGAGCAUGGCCUUCUCUCCAGAGAGAUCAACAAUGUGUUGGGCAUAGGAGGACCUAAGAGGAGUGAAGACAAGUUUAGGCAGUGGAGGAAUGAGCUUGCUAGGCACUGUUUUGUGAAGCAGGUUCCAAUGAGUGCCAAUUCAAUGGCUCAAGCACAAUUGAUAUUGAACAUGUUUUCACCUGCUUAUGGGUAUAGCCUUGCACAAGUUGAGGGAACUUUAAGGCUUGGAUGGAAGGAUACUAGCUUGUACACAGCUUCUGCAUGGACCUGCAGUAAUUCUAGCUAGAUAUACCUUAAUAAAGGUUCAUAGCUAGCUUUUCAAAAUUGGGUCUUCAAAGUGUUCAAAGUUCAAAGUAGUAGCUGGAAAAUUGAGCUGUAUAUUGAGAAGAUUGAUUACAACUUUUUAGGUAAUAGAUAAACAAUUCUGUAGCCAUUUUCAUAUGUUCACACAUAAUUUAUGGUUUCCUUAAAAACUAGUUUGUUUGCUUUUGUCAAAUAUUCUACUUAGACAAAAGUUAAUUAUCGCAUGGGGUAUGUUGUGAUUAUUUUUUAUAGCUAAAUGUUAGGUAUUAGCUUUUUGUUGGUGAAAAGAUUCAAAUUCACAGUCCUUUUUUA